UGAGCGCCACAUCAGCGCCGCUCCGCGCCUCCAAAGUCACCCAGCGGCCGCACAGGGGGAAGGCGCCGGCAGCGCUCCCCCUUCCCUUCCCUCUGUCCCUCAACUCCCGCUCCCCCUCGGCAUCCCGGCCCGGGUCGGUGGCGCAAGCCGACCCCGGCUCGGGAAGAUGCUGCAGUCGCUGGCGGGCAGUUCCUGCGUGCGGCUGGUGGAGCAGCACCGCUCCGCCUGGUGCUUCGCCCUGCUGGUGCUGGGCUACCUGCUCUACCUGGUGUUCGGCGCCGUGGUCUUCUCCUCGGUGGAGCUGCCCUACGAGGACCUGCUGCGCCAGGAGCUGGGCAAGCUGAAGCAGCGCUUCCUGGAGGAGCACGCCUGCCUCUCAGAGCAGCAGCUGGAGCAGUUCCUGAUGCGGGUGCUGGAGGCCAGCAACUACGGCGUCUCGGUGCUCAGCAACGCCUCGGGAAACUGGAACUGGGACUUCACCUCCUCCCUCUUCUUCGCCAGCACCGUCCUCUCCACCACGGGUUAUGGACACACAGUGCCUUUAUCUGAUGGAGGAAAGGCCUUCUGCAUCAUCUACUCAGUCAUCGGGAUCCCAUUUACACUGCUGUUCCUGACAGCAGUGGUGCAGCGCAUCAUAGUAUAUGUCACCAGGUGGCCUGUACUGUAUUUCCACAUUCGCUGGGGCUUCUCCAAGCAGGUCGUUGCAAUCAUCCACGCUAUGGUCCUUGGGUUCAUCACUGUCUCCUGCUUCUUCUUAAUCCCAGCAGCAAUAUUUUCGGUCCUGGAAGAUGACUGGAAUUUUUUGGAAUCUUUUUAUUUUUGUUUCAUUUCCCUGAGCACCAUUGGCCUCGGUGACUAUGUGCCAGGAGAAGGCUACAAUCAAAAAUUCCGAGAGCUAUAUAAAAUUGGAAUUACAUGUUAUCUGUUGAUGGGCCUAAUUGCAAUGUUGGUGGUUCUUGAGACUUUCUGUGAACUUCAUGAGCUCAAAAAGUUUAGAAAGUUGUUUUAUGUGAAGAAGGACAAGGAAGAGGACCAAGUGCAUAUAAUGGAACAUGACCAGCUCUCCUUCUCUUCCAUCUCAGACCAAGCAGCCUCCAUGAAGGACGAUCAGAAGGCAAAUGAGCCUUUUGUGAAUUCCCAGUCCCCAACUUCCAAUGACAGCUCUCUAAACAAUUAAUACAGGGGUAUAUCCAUACCAUUGUUUCGGUGCAUUUAUGCUACUUACUAUAAGAAAUAGAAAGCCCCUUUUUUUUUUCUGAAAAUAUAAAAGCUGGAAGACUGUGCUAUUUUAACAAGGAUUUAUCACUUCUGACUAGAAAAGACUUUUGGGAAAAAUGUGGGAGCUACCCUGGGAAAAAGCAAAAAAAAAGAUGUGGCUGGGAACAUUAGGCCAUUUUGCUAGAGGGAUAAGGAAUUAGUUGUACCACUUUAAGAGAUGCCAGAGAGAAAGGCUUGCACAAGCUGAACAUCUUUAGGAAAGUAGGCCUUCACUGACAUCCAACUCAUUGAGUUGCAUGCCUCAUUUUCCAACUAGGUGACAGCAAUAUUGGGAUAUGCACUUUUGAUUGUCAGAAGUGUAGUCACAGAUUUAAUACAAUAGCUAGCAUCUUAAUCUGGAAAACAUUUUCAGAGCAAUAGCUAUAGAUUUGCUGAAGGGGGGAAUAUCAAGAUCAUCCCUCUAUUAUUACCCAGUAACUUACAGGUGCAAAUAAUAAUUCUAGGAGUGAAAAAACAAGACUGUGGUCCCUCCUUUGCCCAUGCCAUUUGCAUUUAAAUUUCCUACUUCCUUGAAAGGUCAUCUGAUCACCAGAAGAGAGUGUGCCUUCAGUCUUCCAUGCUAUUUGUUUUCUUUUCUGAGGGAUAGCAAAAGCAAUUCAAAGUUCUGGGUGAGAUGGGCUUGUAGGGAAGGAAGGCAGCUGCAAUUCAGGCCUCUGAAAUUAUCAGGAGUGAGUUUUGAGCUACAUGGAAUGGAAUGGAAUGGAAAAGAGCCUAUGCCAUGGCUGGCAUAGUCAUGUGCUUAUGGCAUUCUCCUAGUGGAUGGUUGAAAUCUGUUGAGCAGAAGAAGGACUCGGUGAUGUUUCUUCCACCAUACAACCCAGUGCGCGCUCUCUGUUGGUAGGUGUGGAGGAACAGAAAUAGGAUCACCUUUGAACAUAACUCCUAUUUCUUCUUUUGUUUUUCUAACUAGUACUCAGACCACUUUGGAGGAGAAGGGAAUGUUUCAGGGCAAAAUAAUUUUUCAGGUUUUCAUAUGGCAAGAAAAAAAGAAAAAUUUGGUUCAGAUGGAACCGAUGGAACCGAAAUUUUUUCCCCUUGGGAAAAGUCACUAAAAAGUCAAGAUCCUGCUCAACUUCUGAAGCUGGAACCUCUUUGGCUGUAACAAGAGAGGUGUUUUGGUCCAGCUUCCAGUCACUGUGCUGAAUGCAGGGACCUCAGCGUGAAUUUCAGUGAGCAUGAGAUGAGACUUAUGGGUUGUAGUACUUUCUCUUCUGGCCUUAAAAAUCUUACGAUAUGGGAAUCUUGAUAAUGCUUUGCAAUGAACAAAAGAUCUGGAGGACAAAUAGCCAUAUUAGGACAGCCUCCCACAUAGAAACAGUGUAGAGGAGAGCCUUUUUCCUGCAGUGCAAGCAUGCCAGAUUGCUUGUAAUUUGGCUUUUAGUGUUUAGAGUUGAAUAAUAUUUUACUGUAAAAGAAAAAAAUGCAGUGUGUCUAGAUUUAGCGCACAUGGGAAAAAUACUUGAAAGUAAAUAACCCAAAAUAUACUGUGUUUGAGCUUAAUUAUAGCUAGUAUCAAACAGAUUUUUAUAUCUUUACUGGAAAAACUUACUUUAAGGUUAAAUCAGCUGAAAGUCUUCAAUUAAAAUUUAUAUUUAUAGAAAAUCAAAGCUAAAGGUUUUAGUUGUUUUGAGUUUUAUAGAUUAGGUGAGAGCAUAUUGUGUUUGCAUGUUCCCAGGAAAGUGGCUAUUUUUAUACUGCUUAAGUUAACACAGUUCUAUUUAUAAUGAAUGUUAAACAAUAUAUAUGUACAUAUAUACAUAAAUAUAUUUAUAUACUGUACAUCUAUCAUAAAUCACCAGAGUUUAACACACUUAGGAAUGGCAUAUUUUUUCCCUAAUCUUCUCUUUAUACAGUCAGUAUUUGAAAACUAUGGCAUUAAAAUGACACUGACAUAAAAUUGAGAGUACUGUACUACAAGAAACAUUUAUACUGGGUUUUUUUCAGUGGACUCUUAUUGAUUGUUUUCAGUACCUUAAAAUUCAAGAUUUCUUUCAAUUUCCGUGUAACGUUAAGUUCUAAAGGAUAUACACAGAUGUUAAAUGAUAUAUAAAGUUAAUUUUGCAGCGUGUACACAAUUGCAAAAUGUAGACACGUGAAAAGAAAGCACAAAAUUCAAAGCAGAAGCGAUAAACUAAGCAGUAUACUGUGAUGCAGGUGAGUAUUUGUUCUUUUAAAUAAAGUCUGGCUUUUGCCUGCCUGCACAAUGAAGUGGGAGUAUUUUCUUUAGUGUUGUGUGUGCGUGCACAUACGUUGCAGAAAUCCUGUCUGCAUUUGUACAUCCUUUAGUUAGCUUUUCCCAGCUCAAGAAGGGACUAUUAAUUUCAGAGUGUGUUACAUUAACCUUGAUAUUAAUUGUGGCUUAGGGAUGUGCUGGUUAUUACUAUUAAAAAAAAGCAAUUC